UCACUCAUCAUGUCUGGGCGCUGUGAGGGCCAACCUUGUGAGGGCGGAUGAAAACCGCUGCACAACUAUGAAAACUGCGGGCGGAAGUAGCUAGCAGCUGAUGUGUAAAAGCUGCAUAAGAAAAACGGAGCAGGAUAAAAACAACCAAUUUAGUUAGCAAUUUAAAUCGCUAAUUAGUUAGAUUGUCACUUGUUGCUUUGAUGGAUUUUCUCUAAACUUGCUUGCCUUUAAUUUUUUUUGCGAGCAAAUGUACCGUUUUGCUAACGUUAAGUUAGCUAGUAAGCUUCUUUUUCAUGUUUCCUGGUGACGAGCCACAAGACUGAGUGUUUUGUCAAUUAACCAUCUUUCUGGAUCAUUCAAGACGUAUGUUUUAAAUUUUUUGCAAUGCUGGUAGCUAACUGCCAUGUCUAUUGUUGUUAGCUAACUUCAUGACCGCUAUAGCUCCAGCAGCAGCUGGCACCACUGGCUCCAAAGUGUAAUGACACGGCGGUUGGGCAUAACGUAGCUGGAGCUCGCUGGUUUUGCCGCUUGGCAGCGGAAACAUAUUUUCGCUCAAACACCCUAGCUACGUUUUCAUUAUACACGACCCUUGUGGUGCACAGAUACGAUGGCAAACAGCACUCGAACGAAGAAUGAGAAUUCUAUCAUGGAAAGCCCAAGCGCAAGCCCCAUGUCCGGGAGGAAAAAGGCACAACAAUCCCCUGGGUCUCGCUCAAGGUACCAUGUCAGUGCACCCGGACAUUGUUUUAGGAAAGUGACUCUCACCAAACCAACGUUCUGCCACAACUGCAGUGAUUUCAUAUGGGGUCUUAUCGGAUUCAUUUGUGAAGUAUGUAACUUUAUGUGCCAUGAGAAGUGCCUGAAGACUGUGAGGACUGCGUGUUCAUGUAUGGCCCCGACGCUGGUGCGGGUCCCUGUCGCCCAUUGCUUUGGUCCAGCAGGGCAGAAAAAGAGAUUCUGCUGUGUGUGUCGAAAACAUCUGGAGGGAAACACAGCCAUUCGCUGUGAAGUUUGUGAGCUGCAUGCCCACUCGGAAUGUGCUGCAUUCAGCUGUGGUGACUGUCGUCUCUGCCAUCAGGAUGGGAGUCAGGACUUUGAUACGCUUCACCACCACUGGCGGGAGGGAAACAUCCCCUCAGGUGCACGCUGUGAGGUCUGCCGACGCACCUGUGGCUCCUCGGACGUCCUGGCRGGGAUGCGGUGUGAGUGGUGUGGUAUGACGACACACGCUGCCUGUUAUGUCAUUGUGCCUCCAGAGUGUGGCCUAGGACGUCUACGUAGCAUGCUCCUUCACCCCGCUUGCGUCCGAAUAUGCUCGCGGAACUUCAGCAAGAUGCACUGCUACCGCAUCUCUGAGAGCUGCCAGAAUGACCUGGAUAACUUGGACGAAGUUGACACCCAGAUUCCAGCAACUACAAAGGAGAGCCAGCCGGCAACCACAGCGGAUUCAGGGAAGCAGGUUCUCAAGGUGUUUGAUGGGGACGAUGCAGUCAAGCGCAGCCACUUCCGUUUGGUCUCCAUUCCUCGGAUAACCAAGAAUGAGGAAGUGGUGGAGUCAGCGUUGAGGACCUUCUACAUCUCAGAUGACUCGCUGGACUACGAGCUCCAAGACAACGGCCAGCAGGCUCUACACAGCAAUGACAUCCUCAACCGUAACGGCACCCCUGACGAAAAGGCCAUCUUUAAGGAGAAUGUGCCGGAGACGUGGCUUCUAAGGGCCAAACCCCAGGACACAGAGGUCCUCAAGGUUUAUGCUGGCUGGCUCAAGGUUGGUGUGGCGUACAUAUCCAUCUCCAUCUCCAAGAACAGCACAGUGGAUUCUGUCAUUAAGGAGGUCCUCACUCAACUGGGAAGACAGGACGAAGACCCAUCCAGCUUCAGCCUUGUGGAGGUUUACAUGGGCAGUAAGCAAGUUCAGAGACAAGGGCUGACAGGCCAGGAGCUGCUGCUGUACAAACUGCAGGAGAUAAGGAAGAUCUCCCUAAGGCAGAUGAACCAGACCCGUUUCUACAUAGUGGAGAGCAGGAAGCAGGUUGUGCAGGUCAACCUGCUGCUAGAGGGACUGCCUGUACAACUGAGCAAGGAGGAAUAUACAGACCUGCUACAGGAGCACUUAGCUAUCAAGAGUCACUUGGUCACCAUCACACAUGUUUACGGGAGCCAAGGUGCAGUAGUGGUGCAGAUAUCGUGCUUCUCUGAGGCUGAGAGGAUCUACAUGUUAGCCAAAGACACGUCUGUCAGCAACCAGCAGCUCACCUCUCUUGUCCUACCAGAGAUCAUGCACAACACGUUGCCCAAAGGUGGCUCGCCCCUACUGGUGUUUGUCAACCCCAAGAGYGGCGGGCUGAAGGGCCAAGAGCUUCUCUAUGGCUUCCGGAAGCUUCUCAACCCCCACCAAGUGUUUGACAUGACCAACGGGGGACCGUUGCCUGGACUGCACACGUUUAGAGAGGUACCCCGCUUCCGGGUUUUGGUGUGUGGGGGAGAUGGGACGGUGGGCUGGGUCCUGGGGGUCCUGGAGGCCAUCCGACACAAACUGGUCUGUCCCGAGCCUCCCAUUGGUAUUGUCCCACUGGGCACAGGUAAUGACCUGGCGCGGAUCCUGCGCUGGGGGGCGGGCUACAGCGGAGAGGACCCCCACCACAUCCUUGUGUCUGUAGACGAGGCGGAGGAGGUGCAGAUGGACCGCUGGACCAUCCUGCUGGAUGCACAGGAAGUCACAGAGGACGGCAAGGAGAACGCCUUCCUGGAACCACCAAAGAUAGUGCAGAUGAACAAUUAUUUUGGGCUGGGCAUCGAUGCUGAGCUCAGUUUGGACUUCCACCAUGCCCGUGAAGAAGAACCAGGAAAGUUCAACAGCAGGUUCCAUAACAAAGGUGUGUACCUGAAGGCGGGUCUGCAGAAGCUGAGCCACACACGGAACCUUCACAAGGACCUUAAACUGCAGGUGGACAAACAAGAAGUAGAACUGCCCAGCAUAGAAGGCCUCAUCUUCCUAAACAUCCCCAGCUGGGGCUCUGGGGCAGACCUGUGGGGAUCAGAGGGUGACUCGCGCUACGGGAAACCCCGCAUUGACGAUGGCAUGCUGGAGGUGGUGGGGGUGACCGGGGUAGUGCACAUGGGCCAGGUGCAGGGCGGCAUGCGUUCUGGGAUCCGUCUCGCCCAGGGCAACUACGUGCGUAUCACAGUGACCAAGCCCAUCCCUGUGCAGGUGGAUGGAGAGCCCUGGAUCCAGGCCCCUGGAAAUAUCAUCAUAUCUGCAGCAGGCCCAAAGGUACGGAUGCUGAGGAAGUCCAAACACAAACAGAAGAAGCAGCCUGCCAGCCUGAAAGAGAGGCGAUCCGAAAGCCCUUCGUCCAGCGAUGGGGGACACUGACGCCCCCCCCC